UGGUUUUGUUGUUUCAAUUCAACGGUCAACUGCCUCAAAAAUUUCUUCGAAAGCACAAAUCUGUGCGCUAUUUUGCAGAAACUGUUUUUAUUUGUGAAUUGCACACAUGUAAAGAGAUUAGAUUGCCUAAAUACAUUGAAAAUUGUUAGAUAUAGUAGCGGUAAACUUGUACUUAAAGUGAUUAAACGGUAUUAAAGAAGAAACAUAGCAUAAAUAUGUCCGCAGCCGCGUUGUCCACUUUGGCGACGUUUGACGAUAUUCGUCGUUGCAUACAAGUACUAACCGAUGGCACCGCAGAAGAAGAAUUUCUACGUGUACUACGUUUACAAGAUCAAUUCCGUCAAGAAUGCUUGGAAACUGCCAAGGAAGCUCAACGCAUACAGAAAGAACUGGAUGCUUCGCUCGAAUCAAUGGCAGAUUUAGAAACAAAAUUAUAUCAUGCACGCCGAUUGCUCGAGGUAGAAAACAAGUUGCGACGAGAGGCAGAACAUGAGCGCGACCAAAUGGAAAAGAAAAUAAUAGCAGUAGCGGAUUUGGUUCAAAAAGAUUGCAACAUAAACAAUGAAACAAGAGACAAGCUAGCAUUUCUAAACACUUUGCCACGCAAGCGAAGAUCUAUGAACCGAGUUGUUGAAGAAAAAUACGGCAAUGAUAUCAACUCUACAGGUUCAUUUCUAUCCGACUUGUCUAUUACGCAAUCGGAGGAUGAUUUCCUCGAUAUUCGCCCUUCCGCCGCCUGGCAGAAGCAUCGUCCUUCUUUGCCGAAAAAUCCUAUACCUUGUGUUGGCGGAAAGCGCUCGCGUGUUAGUGGUGGUGGGCUGCCAACAACGCCAUCUGCUUCUUCAAGACGAUCUACUACACGUCGUAGUGGCGUAGGUACACAACAACAUGUGUUAGAUGUGGCACCUGCUGCAGACCGCAUUUGUGCUACUACGAAAGUUACCAUUCCACAAGACGGAAAUGGUGCCAUACGCGCUGAAUCGACCAUUGAAUCUAUGCCGGUUAAGCCAAUUACUGCUACAGUUGCUUUGGACAAAGAAGACAGUCCAGUGGAAGUUGUUUGCACAACACCUACUGGCACACCAUACAAGAAUGCUACUGCUCCACCAAUAACACCGAUGACUGCAAUUAAAUGCCCACCAGCCGUUAAUUUAUGUUCGCCCCAAAUAUCCACCAUGCGUGGCCAGUUGAUGCGUCAACACAAUUUCGCAUCACGUACUUUCAUACGCACCGACACUUGUACACACUGCCAAAAAAAAAUCCGUUUCGGUACAGUUGGUAUGCGCUGCCGGGAUUGUCCAGUUCGUUGUCAUGCAGAUUGUCGUUUGGUACUUACAGUAAGCUGCGUUCCGCAGUCAGGCACACCCACCACCAAGGGUAUGAUGGGAUACAUAAGUGAUUAUGCACCGAGUGUGGCACCGAUGGUACCAGCCCUUAUUGUGCACUGCGUUAACGAAAUUGAAUCGCGCGGGCUCAAUGAGGUCGGUAUAUAUCGUGUGUCGGGUUCGGAGCGUGAGGUAAAGGCGUUGAAGGAGCGUUUCUUGCGUGGCAAACACACACCACACCUGGGCAAUAUUGAUGUGCAUGUGCUGUGCGGUUGUGUCAAAGAUUUUUUGCGUUCACUACGUGAGCCACUUAUACCUACUAAUUUAUGGAUAGAUUUCUGCAAUGCAGUGCAACAGCCCACUGAAGCUGAGAUACAAAGAGACCUUUUUAAGGCAAUUGAUGUUAUGCCGCAAGCAAAUCGCGAUACUUUAGCAUUCUUGAUUUUGCAUUUUCAACGUGUGGCAGAAUGUCGCGAAGUUUUGAUGCCGAUUGAUAAUAUUGCACGUGUAUUUGGUCCAACAAUUGUUGGUUAUUCGUCAGCAGAUCCUGAUCGUCACGCUAUCUUUACAGAAGUAUACAUGCAGUUCACCACCAUGCAAAAUCUGUUGAAGAUCGCUGGUGAUUAUUGGACGCAAUACAUUUCACUGGAAGUAGAUAAGGAGAAUCAUCAAACAAACGGUUCGUCCAAUACAAUUACGCGCACACCGAGUCGCAACAAUAAGGAGUCUCUCUAUUCCCUCUAUGCUACACCAUUUAAAAGCACACUCAAAAAGCGGAAAUUCCACGCCACGCCGCCUUAUCCUAAUAAAAAGUGAAAAAUCUUUAAAGCCAUUUAAAAAAAAAACCGUCGAAAUAUUAAAUAUUGUCAUAAAAUAUUUUGAACACUUUAUAUUCAUACAUAGAUUUUUACAUUUAUUACAAGUUGCGUUUGCAAUUUAUAUUCGUUAGUUUGCUAUCAACACAAUUUAUUUUGAUGGCACACAUUUACACUUCGCAAUGAAUUACAAUUUGAUUAGCAUAUCUUAAGUACCUUGCUUUGAAUUAAAUAUUUUUGAUUAUAAUUUUCAAUCACUUGUCAUAAUAAAUUUAUAUUAUAUGAGUACGACCGCUGUACGUACAUAUAGUAUAUCUAAAUUCCUCGCUUAGAAUCGCAAAGGAAAUGGUCAUGACCCAUACCGUACAUGAGUGGAUACUUAAAAGUAGAAAAGUAAUAUUUUUUUUAUAAUCUUUUACAAAUACGCCUUAAAAUAGGCACUUCUUUUAUGUUUACAAUAAAAAUUCAAAUGUUGAAUAUUUCUGAAGUGAA